AUGGCUGACUCCCUUCUCGACCUUACUCGUACGCUAUCUCUCACUUUAGAGGAGGACACAGUUGUGAGGCUCGGGGGGGACUCUACAAGCUUGAUGAUGGGCAAAUCGGAUAUGUGCCUUGUCAGCAAGUUGCUCACUCGUAGGCCGUUUAAUGUUGACGCCAUGAAGAGUACUCUGCUAUCGGUGUGGCAACCCACUAAAGGAAUGCAAGUACGAGUCAUUGGUGACAACCUGUUUGUUUUCGUGUUUGGUCAUGUUGUGGAUAAACGGAGAGUAUUAUUGAAUGGCCCUUGGACGUUUGAUAAGCACCUUCUAAUGUUGGGCGAGAUGGAUCCAAAUGUUCAACCAUUUGACAUUCAAUUGACAUCGGUGCACUUCUGGGUGCAUGUUUGCAAUCUUCCUCUAAUUCUGAUGAAUAAAGAGGUUGGGCAAAUAGUUGGCAACUCUGUUGGACAGUUUCUUGAUAUGGAUUUUGAAGAUGGUGGAAUUGCAUGGGGUCGAACAAUGCGAAUUCGAGUGGCCAUUGAUGUUCGGAAGCCCCUACGAUGGGGGAUGAAAUUUGCUUUGUCCUCUGCCAACCCUAUCUGA